AUGGAUGCUGAGAUGGAUGCUGCUAUAGAUGCGGUGGGCGCAGAAGCAUCGACUAUCUACCUGUAUUGCAUGCUGGCUUCUGCUGUGUUGUUCUUCUAUGACAACUUGAUAACACUCGAUGGCGAAGUCAGUCACAUUUGGAAACGCAGGUUUACUGUGGCAACCCUCCUGUUUCUCCUCAACCGUUACCUCUACGUCGCACUCUCCGUCGUAGAUUUGUUAAAAUUCUUUCCUCCUGUACAAACUUCUGUAGAAUACUGUAAAUCUAUCACCAUAAUUUCAGGUGUCCUCCUAGUCGCAUUCGAUUUGAACUCUGUCGUCUUUAGUGCUUUCAGGAUAUGGGCCAUAUGGGGCCGCAAUUGGACAGCAUUCAGUAUUAUUUUCUGUGCUUGCCUGGCGGCACCCUGCAUUAACAUCUAUCGAAUUGCUACUAUCCGUUUUAUCACACUGUCCAGUGUACAGACACCAUACGGAGGGUGUAUUUGGAACGCAAGUUUUUCUACGGCUUUACAAUUUAGACUGACUAUCGCUGCUCGCGUCUGUUCAAUAUUCGCCGACACUCUAAUAAUAGGGGCGACUCUCAUGAAGACAUUUAGAAUUAAACGAGAGGCGGUGAAGGUUGGCAUUCCGGCGAAACUAACGACAUUGCUUAUUCGUGAUGGAUCCGUCUGGUGGUUAGCCCUUUUGGGUGUCAAUGUUGUAAACAUCAUUUUUGAUUACAUCCAUAUGUUCGCCAACCCUGCCACUUUCUUCGUGAAUGUAAUGCGUAGCAUAAUGCUGUCUCGCUUCAUUCUCUCCUUACGCAGCCUCUCCGACCCACUUCCACAGCGCGAAUGGGAACUCUCCACAGGUAUCCUAGGCGACUUAGGCGAUCCAGUUAGUUUCGCCAAUUUUGACGAUGAUGAUUUGGAGUUUACGCCCGCGGAGGAGUUGAUUACGACGAGGAGCAGGGGCUCCACCAAUACUGGUCGAAGAUUGACUCUGGAUUUACAGGAUGCGGUGACAAGGAGGCGACGACGGACUGUUGAUAAUGGAUACUCUAUGGACAGACUCAUCGACCAGUCUGGGACUUUGCUAAGUCCCAAUUCGGAGGAGAUGAAUUGA